AUGGCCUCGCGCAGCGCCGGAACCCUCCUGACUCAAAACAACGCGGUCUACGUGCCGCCGGGGCUCAUGCCGGGGUACUGUGGGCAUGUCCCCAAUGUGGUGUAUUCCUUUGGUGAUACAUAUGGAAAUACCACUAUGAAAUAUUUCCAGGAUUUCCGCAGUGCUGCCAUGAAAACUAGCUGCAGUCCUUACAGCAAGGGGGGUCAGUUCCCCACCCUCUUCUCGCCUGACCCAGACUUAGUAAUUGGGGCAAGGGCAAGGGGUUGGGACAGGUGGCUGCACACUCCUAACUAUUCUCGCUUCAAUCUGGAUUUUAAUCGCUCAGCAGAGCUAAAGGAGUUCUACAAGCUUUCCCAAAUGCAUCGGGAGCAUUACAGAGACAAGACUGGGACGGUGCAUCGGAAUCCGUAUUUUGUGCUGCCUGUGAAGGAGAAGGACAAGUACCCUCACCCCCUCGAUCUCCCGCCUCUGAGUGCCAAAACCUUGUGGCAUCUUCACCGGGUGUCUCCGGAGAACCUACGGACAUACCAGACAUUCCCUUCUGGGAAAAGGGUGACCUCACAAGAGAGAGAGGUCCGAGACAGCUAUUUCGAAUACAGAGCCUGA